CCUGGCAGACGCAGUCCUGACCAUGCCUAUGGGGGCUGCUGCAGCCACAGCCGCCGGCCCGAGGCAAGUCCCAGCCUGCUCCGUCCUUUAGCAACAGCGGCGAUUCCCUACGGAUCGCUCCCUGCCUGCGUCUGGUAGCAACGCCGGGCAAUGCCUUGGAGGCGCAGCCCGCAGCCGGGGCACGGGGCGCGCCCUGCCGCUGCUGCUGGCGUCCCACGGCGGGUUCCCGGGCCGGGCUGAGCCGGAGCGGGCGUCAGGCACCAAGGCCAAGGGGCCAGCGCGUGUUCUCCCUGCCCCUGCUCGGAGCCCUGCCGCGCCGGCGCCGCGGGGAGAGGCAGGAUUCUGAGCAGAAAGCUUUUGCUGAUUGGCUACCUUGAUAUCGCAAGUUCAUAAUAAACCUCGUGGAAUUAAACAAGUAUGAAUAGCAUAAUGCCCAGCACAGCAUCGGAUGGGACCUCAAGGAAUGCUGAAGGAGCUCAGCUUCAGGAUGACAACCUGAUGACUUCUCCAGACUGGAACAGAGAUGCCCAGGAAGAUGAUACCGCUCUGAAAGAAAAAGAGCAAUCUGGCAUGGCUGCUGGAGCCAGGGAGCCAAGACUGAGGGAGCCACUGGGGCAGAUAACUAGCUGGAGUUCGCAGACUUUGCUCAGUAAGGAGGAUGAGGAUGAAUCCUUAAAAUAUUCCAAAUAUAGACUAGGAGGGUCAGUUGACAGUGUAUUGUCUCUUGCUUCUUCUGAGCCUUUCGACCCACUUGAAAGGAAGACAUUGAGAUCUAAGCAAUCACAGGGUGCUUUGGCACAUUCCUCAAGCAUAGCUGAAGAAGGCACGUAUGGAAGACAUAAAUCAACAGCAGAUACUACUCAAGACAUUGUGGAUGAUAUAAUAGGUGAUGAAGUUGCUUUCAAAAUACCUGUUCAGCCGAUCAGUAAUAAUAAUAGUCCAGGUGCUACUCACAGCAUGGCUUCCAGAGACAUUUACCCCCAGAUACACACUGAACCAGCAAGUCAUGGUGAAGCUGCCGACUUAGAACAUUCUCCAGACACUGCACUUUGUUUGCUUGCACCCUGCCCAAGGUCAGAAGGGCUUCCAGAAGCUGGGAUGCCAGAUGGACAAGCAGUCAUCUUGGCUGAUGCGCAGAAUUUGCUUGAUUCACAUGAAACGCUGAUGUUGUCAGAGACAGAAACAACAGCAUCACAAUGCUCUGCUAAUGAAUCCUUUGCAGGAAUGAAUCAGGAAAGUCCUAGCUUAAUCCAUGGGAUUAAGAUGAUUGCAGCAUUGUCAAAGAGCGCCUAUGGCAGUGGCACAACAUCAUCUGCAGACAGGGUUUCUAACAUUCACAAGGCAACAGAGACAGAAGAAUCUCAGGAUAGAUCCGUGCAUCUGCUGCAAUCCCUGGUUGAGAGAGCAGAGGAAAUUAAUCAGCUCACGAAGAAAGUGCAGAUUGAGAAUCAGCAGCAAUUGGAGGAAUGGUGCCUACUUUCUGCAGAAAAUGAAAGGUUCAAAAGGGAGGAGGCAAGGAGUUUUAAGGAAAAGAUGGCAACCCCCAGUCACCUCAACUUGGACCGCAGCUCAGCUUUAAUACUACAGCAGCAAAUUGCGAGUCUUAAGAAUCAGGUCGGUGAUCUUCUGGAGGCCAAUGAGGCUGCUGUUCUGGAGCUGACAAAUGCAGACGAAGAGAUUUCACAACUGAAAAAUGAAAUGGCUCAAUUAAAAUCUGAAUAUCUGCAGAAGAUAAAAGAAUCCAAAGAAGAAAAUCAUCUUCUCAAGGAAAUGAUGAACAUGGUGAGCAAGAGGCACGCUCCACUAACAACCUAUGAGCAGGACCUUCAUGAGGAGAUUUUUCAGCUAAGACGUGAGUCCAGGAGGUUGAGAGAACUCUGUCACCAACUAAAUGAGGAAAACCACAGACUGAAAGAAGAGCUAUGGGAUGUUAAGAGGGAAUACAAACGGCUAGCACAGCUGGCAACAGCCAGAAAGAAGGGCCAGACCACAACAUUAAUUCCUUGGACUGAUCUUUGCAAGAAAGACACUCAGACUAGAAUUCUAUCAUCAGUGCAGUAUGGCAGGAAAGAAGGUUUACAAACAGAUGAGAUGAAUGGAAUUCCCAGCAGCAGAAUGGUGUCUAUACUCAAAGUUUUCAGCCCCCAUGCAUGUGAUGAAAGGCAACAAGAAUGUUCUAAAAGCAAUGACUCCUCAAUGUCUAUGAAUAGUGAGUCUACAGAGAUUCUGAUCACUGGAUACCAUGAUACAGGCUUAAAGAAAGAAUCUAAGAGCAACUCAAAAGAUGGUGCAUGUGAGGAGAUCCCAGAACCGUGUGAUGAUGAUUUGUCUGCAGUCAGUCAGCAAAAUAGGACACAUCAUCAGAAUUCUCUACAGCAUGAUACAGAUGUAACAGGCAGCCUCUCUGCAACGGAUACCUGCAGUAAAAGUGCCACGAGCAGAAUUCCCUGAUGGGCCACAAUUUGUGGCUUUGUCAAACCAAUGGGUGAAGUGGAUUCAAGGGUUCAACACAUCCUGCUUCUAGUUUCUCAACAGAGAAGUUUAUUUCAAUCACCGUGGUGGAGCAUGAAGAGGUAAUCAGCCAUCACCCAAAACUGCAGGGCUUUAGUAGAUCAAAACCAACACUGUGAAUUGCUUCUGGAAACUACUUUAUAACUAAUACAAGACUACAGAGGACCUGUAUAAAACAUACCAUGCUAGAAGCACUUUAAGUAAGCAGGCACCGACUUACUAAAAUUCUCAAAUGGGCAACCCUGUAUAGGGAGCCACUAGUGAAUGGUAUCAGCUGGUGGCAAAAGCUUGGAUAAAUGCAGCGAGGUCCACCUCUGACAGGAAAAGUCACAACUUCCAAGCUAACUGUAGGUGAAAAGACCCUUGACUACUGUGGAACCCAGGGGCAGUGGGGAAUCCAAAUAUGAACCUCACUUACAAGAUAGGCAUCCCCUUACAGUAGAUGUUUCUUCAUGCCCAUCAGUAUCAUCUUGAUUAUCAUCCACAAGGUGUUUCUGUGAAUUUGCUCCUCUGCCCUCCUUCUAAGAUAGGAUCCUCUGAAUGUUUAUAACUACUGUUUUUCAUAAAACUUCUUUCAAACAAGAAAAAGCUAAAUUGUAUCUCACUUGCUUUGUGUACUGUGCCCUUAUCAUACAUCAGUGUUCUUGCUUAACUAAAGAGUAUUGCAGGUUUCACAGCAGCCAGCGUGACUUAGUCUUGACCAAGGGGAAGAGUAUCCAGGGCCAUUUAGUCGUUGGACUUAGGACAUGAGUUAAAGGGGGUCCUUUUUCUUGUUGUGAGGGGGACAGCUGUUCAUUAGGAACUGAACAGUUAUUUCACACCGGCCAGGAAUAAGCAAUCAGAUGAUGAUGACGAUAUUUGGUUACUACCAAUCAGGGCUGGGAUUGAAGUCAUGGCCUCAUAGUAGAUCAAUUGUGUUAUCUAACAAUUCUUCGAGAGAUGUCCCUGUGGGCACACCAGGUCAAGGUGCGUCCCAGCGCCUUCGAUCGGAGAUUUCUACAGCAGUGCCCCUAUGGGCUGCGCAUGCACUGUGCCUG